AACUUACAGUCGCUCAGGCUUAAUAACUGCUAUGGGCUACGGUAUUUACCAGAAGGUAUGGCAACUAUGAGGAAGCUCAGCCAUAUAUAUCUUUUAGGAUGUCAUAAUUUGGAACGGAUACCUCCAAAUCUUAGCCAGCUGCACAACCUACGGACAUUUACAACAUUUGUCGUGGACACAGAAGAUGGCUUCGGAAUCGAGGAGCUCAAAGAACUAAGACAUCUUGGCCAAAGGUUGGAAUACAAUUUGGAAAAAGUAAAGACUGGGUCAAAGGCCAAUAUCCAUGGAAAACAGAACCUAAGGGAACUCUUGUUAUAUUGGAACCAUAAAGAAAGUGUCAUUCCUAGAAAUGGUCAGGUUGGCAAUGAGGAAGAAGUGCUGGAAUCUCUUGUACCUCACAGUGAACUCAAUAUUUUGGAGGUACACGGGUAUGUUGGUCUUGCAAUUUCACAAUGGAUGCGAGACCCUCAUAUGUUCCAAUGCCUAAGAGAGCUCCGGAUUUCCAACUGCCCAAGGUGUACGGAUCUACCAGUAGUAUGGUUGUCAUCCUCUCUUGAGCAUUUGUCUUUAUCCUGUAUGGUCAGCCUGACCACAUUAUGUAAGAGCAUUGAUGAUGAAGCUGCAGGACAAAGUAGCACUCAAAUUUUCCCAAGGUUAAAGAAGAUGACCUUGGAUAAUUUGCCAAACUUGGAGAAAUGGACUGAAGAUAGUGCAGGAGAGACUAAUAGCUUCUUGAUGUUUCCCCAGCUCGAAGAGCUUAGAAUCUAUGAUUGCUUUAAACUUGCAAGUCUCCCACAGAGCCCAGUUCUUACAAAUCUAACGUGUAUCAGUUACUCUUUAAAAGCUUUUGUUUCCAUGAGCAUGCCUUUACACUCGUGGCUCGUCAGCCUAAAUGUUGGGUUACUGGCAAACAUAGUGAUACCCCUGGAUGACCAGCAGAGCCAAGGCCGAAGAUCUUUGGACACCCUACAAAGCUUGGAGAUAAAAGGUGACAAUGGCUUUGUAUCAAUAUUCAUUUUAUCCAAAUUGCAUCUUGCGCCAUGUGACUGCUUUGCCUUUGUGGAAGAAUUGGUUAUUUCAUCAUGCUAUAAUAUUGUCCACUGGCCUGUGGAGGAAUUACGAUGUAUGCCUCGCAUCCGAUCUCUGCGUAUUUGGCAUUGUACUAACCUAGAGGGGAAGGGCUCAUCGUCUAAGGAAAUCCUUCCACUGCCCCAGCUGGAAAGGUUAUGGAUAGCAUCUUGUGGCAGGUUGCUGGAGAUUCCAAAGUUGCCUGCAUCACUUGAGGAAAUGAAGAUUUCCUAUGCAAUAAGUUUGGUGGCGCUUCCUUCAAACCUAGGAAACCUGCCCAAGCUGAGGAAGCUUGGGAUGUGGGGCUGCAAUGGGCUGAGAAAGCUACCUGACGGGAUGGAUGGUCUCACUUCUCUUGAGCGAUUAUCGAUUAGUGAGUGUCUAGGCAUAGACAAAUUUCCACAGGGCCUACUUCAACAUCUCUCAGCCCUCAAAUACCUGUACAUAGAUGGCUGCCCUGACCUUCAAAGAUGUUGUAGAAAUGGUGGGGAGUAUUUUGAAUUGGUCUCCUCUGUUCCAGAUAAAUUCAUUCCAGCAACAGAGCCCACAAAAAGAAAGUUUGUAAUCCCCUUCUGCUGAGUCUCAACUGAGUAUGCCAGACUGAGAUAUAACUUGGAUUUUAUUGGAAGUAGUGCUCCACACAUACGCCACUCCAUUACUCCAUGUUGAUCUUGCUGCAUAUAUUCUGCUCUGUUUUUGGAUGGCAAACCUGUACCUUUUAUUAGCAGCAUGAUCGGUAAGAGUAAACCUUUCCCAAGGGAUGACUAGAAUUGGUUCUUAGAUGAACACUUCAUUUCAGGCGAAGACGCGUCCAGCUACAUGUGCCUCUGCUUCCUUCCAUUGAGAAUGCACCAACCCCUCCUCGACAAGCAAAACAUUCAUCUUGGAGCACUUGUUCCUUUUGGAUUGCUGUUGUGAUAAAACAAGCGGUGUAGGAUGACUGCGCAUUUGAUGAGCGCUAGAAUUAAGCAGCAGCAAAGAAUGAAAGAAGGUGUUAACUCGGAGAACUAGAUGAUUGAUCUAGAGAAACACAUAACAUUGUGAUGGCUCCAUGUUCCAAAACUAGGAAGUAGGAAAUGCACUUGUGAAUGGCGACGAUGGCAUGCCUGUAGAUAUCUUGAAGAGGAGACAUAACUCAUGUUUUUUUUUUGUCAUUCAGUCUCUAACUGUGUCCGCAACAUCUGCAUGGCUACUUUGUACAUAAUUGUAUUGUUCUUCAUAUGAAUGAUGCACGUGGUUAUAUUCA